UCGGAGCUGGAUCUCACACAAUUCGAAUCGCGUAGCUCCAGUUCUGCUUUAGUCACCGAUUUCUGUUUGCGAAGCUCUUGUCGCGCGCGGUUUCGUGACCUGGUCGAGGGUUUGUUUUAGACUGAGAGCGAUGGCGUUGGCAGCGUGUCAGGGUUACGGGGCCCUCGCUCCCAGCCAGAGCACCGUCGCCACUGCGGCUCCCCGGAGGCCCUCAACGCGUCCCUCAGCCUUCUUUGCAUCAGAGGUCCAUGCGUCAUGCUCCAGUACUGCCUUCAGUGAAGGAAGGAGCGCUUUAAAUGUGGAGUCUAGACCCAGAAUUGCCACGAGACGGACACAGCCAUCCUUCGUUGUGCGUGGGCUGUUUGGCCUUGGAGUGCCUGAGCUUGCUGUAAUUGCAGGGGUGGCUGCUCUUCUAUUUGGCCCAAAGCAGCUUCCGCAAAUUGGAAAGAAAUUGGGCCAGACUGUGACGAGCUUCCAGCAGGCUGCAAAGGAAUUUGAGACAGAAGUGAAAAAAGAUUCAGGCGAAGCUCAAGAAAAUGAUGUCAAGUUGGAAGAGCCUCGGAGAACAGAGAGCGUCACUCCUUCGAAGCCCGAGGACAGCUCCUCAUAAUAUUAACGAGCACUGAAAUCAAUUCUAAUGUAUCAUACUAGAAAUUGGGGGUUAUGGGGCUUGUUCCGCCGAAUGCAAUGCUGAACGCAUCGCCACGUCUGUUACAGUUGUAAGUCGAGGGAGGUAAUGUCUCCCUUAGAGAGCAUCAAUGUAUAUCCUGCCUUUUUAUUAAUAAGAAGGCACGAGCUUGACACUUUUUGCUGCUCCCUCAGAUGGUUGAUUCAUUUUUUACUACAAGAAGGAGCUGAGAAUGGUUGUGGAGCAUUAUGAAUCAGAACUGCAUCGAAAACUGAGAAUUUGCGCGGUCUCCAUCACGAUAGGCACUUGUUUAAUGUCAGGAUAUUUCAAGGCCACUUACACUAGUUGAAGGAUAUGUCAGGCAAUUUCGCCACCAAGUUAUGAAAAAUGUAACCCACAAGUUACAUGGAUUUGAGCAUCAAAA